UAAUCCUGCUGAAUAUAAAAAGUGGCCCUUUGACAUCUUUUGAAUCAGUCUUAGGCUUUCACAUAAGCUAUUGUUUCAUACUUGUCUUCUCAUUAUAGUUGUCUUAAGAUGUUAGCCUUGCUUUUCUUAUGGGGAGCAGUGGUGAUGCUCUGUUGUAGCUGCUGUUUUUUUCUGAGAAGGAGGAGACGUCCAAAUGAGCCACCCAUAGAGAAUGGGAUACUGCCCUACCUUGGAUGUGCUUUGCAGUUUGGAGCCAAUCCAUUCCAAUUCCUCAGGGCAAGAGAAAAGAAAUACGGUCCGAUUUUCACGUGUCGACUGGCUGGCAAAUACGUCCAUUUUCUCACAGAUUCCUUUUCGUAUCAUGCAGUCAUGCAACAUGGAAGGCAUCUGGAUUGGAAGAAGUUCCACUUUGCGACCUCUGCAAAGGCAUUUGGACAUGGGAGUAUUGAUCCAAGUGAUGGAAACACUACUGAGAAUAUGCAACAGACCUUCACUAGAACACUGCAGGGUAAUGCCUUAACAUAUCUCAGUGAGGCCAUGAUGGAAAACUUGCACUAUGUUAUGGUGAAAUCUAGAGAAGCAAAAGUGAGCUCCAAUGACUGGGUCACUGAUAAACUUUAUGAGUUCUGCUGCCGUGUGAUGUUUGAAUCUGGGUUUUUAACCCUCUUUGGCACAGAGUUUAACUCAAACUAUGGGAAGAUCCUUUCUUCUAUCCAAGAAAACCAGAGAGCAAGCAUCCUCCAUGCCCUGGAGAACUUCAAAGCCUUUGACCAAAUCUUUCCAGCUCUCGUAGCAGGUCUACCAAUCCACCUAUUCAAAAGUGCCCACAGUGCACGAGAGAAGCUAGCUGAAACUCUGCUCCAUGAGAACCUUAAAAAAAGAGAAAACAUUUCUGAACUAAUUUCUCUUCGCAUGUUCUUGAAUGACACUCUCUCCACUUUUAAUGACAAGGAAAAAGCAAAGACCCAUCUUGCUGUCCUGUGGGCUUCACAAGCCAAUACAAUACCUGCUACCUUUUGGACCUUAUUCCAUCUUCUUCGGAAUCCAAAAGCAUUGGAAGCAGCUACUGAAGAGGUGAAAAGGAUUUUACAAGAUGUUUCAGGAAAUAUUGGUUCAAGUGGGAACCCGAUUCACUUGAAUCGAAAACAACUGGAUGACAUGCCUGUGUUAGAUAGUAUUAUCAAAGAAGCAAUAAGGCUCUCCAGUGCAUCCAUGACAGUGAGAGUUGCCAAGGAAGAUUUCACGUUGCAAUUAGGCAGCAGCUCCUACAAUAUCCGCAAAGAUGACGUUGUAGCUCUCUAUCCCCAGCUGUUGCAUUUUGAUCCAGAAAUCUAUUCUGAUCCUAUGACAUUCAAGUAUGAUCGUUACCUUAACGAAAAUGGAGAAGAAAAGACAGUUUUCUAUCGCAAUGGCCGCAGAUUGAAAUAUUAUUAUAUGCCAUUUGGAACAGGACUUGCAAAAUGCCCUGGAAGACUGUUUGCAGUUCAUGAAAUUAAGCAAUUUUUGACUUUGUUGCUUUCCUAUUUUGAAGUGGAGCUCACUAACAGCAAUGUGACAUGCCCUUCUUUAGACCAAUCACGGGCAGGACUUGGUAUCUUACAGCCUACAAGUGAUAUUGAUUUCAAGUACAGAUUCAAAGUUCUGUGAACUUAUGAAACAAAGUUGUUUCUUUAUCUUGGAUUCACACACACACAUUAAACUCCUGCAAAGAUUUUGCUCCAGGGAUCUUGGGGAAACUGUCAGUGUUGGCAAUAUGUAUAUGAACAUGUACAUUUAUAUAUCUGAUUUUAAGAAACAUUUUGGGAGUUCUGCAAUAAAAAAGACAGACCACUAAGCAUGACAUCUUAUGCACCUUUUUCAGAGAAAGCUUCCAUUGUAAAUAUGCUGUUGGUGGAUCUUUAGUAGAGUUUUUGAGUCACAAUAGGAGUAAAGCAUGUUGAAGGGUGAAAAAUUGAACAUUGUUUCACUUGAGAGGCUUGAGAGUGCUUACAUCACCCUUUUCUGUAGGAGCCCUUACAUCAUGCUACCAUUUACAUACUUGCAAACAAAAGUUUCAGACAAGCAUGGGUUCAGGGGCACGCUUGUACUGUUUUUGUACCAUACUAUCACUGAUCUCAGGAAGAGUAUGGAAAGCAGAUGCCAAAAAAAGGUUUUUGUUUCCUUUAGUGUCAAAGUAGUUGAAUAUUAAAGAAUCUGUGUUUUGGGAGUAAAUCCAGUUCAUUUUUCAAGUUAGAUCAGUUUAAUCAAGAGGAUGUAUAUAAAUAUUCUGACAUAUGAAGUCUUGUUCAUCAAACAGGGCCGUUCUAGUUGUGUCUAAUAAUCAGAAUUACCUUCGAGUUUUUGUAAAAUGGGUGUGACCGUGUAAGAAAAUAUUGUUUGUUUUUGUUGAUUUUAUAUGAUACUAUUUUCUACAAUAAAGUAUUUUGAUCACUGUUGUUUAUGCAUAAGUAGAUUAGAAAUACAGCAUCACUUUACAAGGUAGUGUUAGGAAAAUUCCCUAUUCUCAGUUCUGUUUCUCCAGCUCAAAUAAAAAUCUGUGAAGAUUCUUAUCCUCAUACACUGUUGUUAGCCGGCAACAUGACAUAUUUAUUA